AUGGAGGUAAGUCCUAGUGAAUGGGAGAGUAAGGCGGUAGAGAAUAUAACAAAAUACCUGCACAGAGGUGGAGAAUAUGAAGGUGACGUGCCACAAUUAAUCGGUGGAUCAGAUUUGUUAAAUACCAUUGGCAUGGCUAUGGGACUGCCUACAUCAAAUCCAGAAACAUGGACAAAUUCUGAAUUGGAGAAAGCACUGAAAGGAGAAUUAGUUUUUUUUGAAAGUAAAGCGCGUGAAGCAAUAGACGUUGUCGCUGAACAAAUCCGAUCUUGUUGUGGCGGGGAUGAUAAAAAUUUUGUGACUGUGUUGCCAGUAGAACUGUAUUACGAAGGUAAAUUAUAUGAACUACCAAUAUUUAGAGUACAAAGAUAUAAAAACUCGAAAAUCUAUUAUGUGGAUAACGUAGGACGAUAUUAUGGUUCUUUUUCAAAUUGGUUUGAAUUUAAUAAGUUACCCCCUGGGAAAAUGGCAUAUCCAUAUCAAUUAAAAUUAUCACGAUUGCCGAAUAGUAAUAAAGCAAACGUAUAUACUGCCUCGACUCCGUGUGCUAGGAUUGAUGCAAAAGCUGCACGAGGUUUGGAUACAGUGGCUGCAGUGGCUGGACUUGGAUCGAGCGUUGCUUUGUUAUUUGUUUCCGGUGGCUUAGCAGCGCCUUUACUAGGAACAGCCAUAGCGACCGCGGGAUGGGGCACGACCAGGGCUGGGUAUCAACUGGCUGAGAAGGCCGCACACGGAGAAAACGUUAAUCCUUUUACAAAUUCCGAAUCACGAAUGCUGUGGCUAGGCAUAGCAGCUAACUUGACUAGUUUUGGCGCAAUGGGAGCUUCGAUGCGAUUAACAUCAUUGGCUGCACGUGGACGGGAAAUAUCAACUGCCUUACAAGUUGUUGCUGAUAUAGCAAAUGGAGCUAAUAUAGCUGUGAGCGGUUUUGCUAUUUUAAAUACCACCAUUUUUAUGAUACAGAACUAUGAAGACUUAUCUGCAGUCGAUAUCCUCAUGCAUGGUGCCUCAAUAGCAUUUUGGACUAAAGGUGUUUUCUCAUAUAAAACUGCAAAUACAAUUAUUAAAGAAGCACAAAGUCGCGCAUUUGCACAUAUUAAUCAACAGUUAAGUCAGGAGGAGGCAGCUGAGCUGGCUGCGCUGAGAAAUCGUGUUCAGAAUGACAAACAAUUAUUACAAAGAUAUCAUGCUGCUAUGAGGUCGAAUAUUCCUGUUAGAACCUAUACCCAAUUCUUACUUGAUGGAAUACGUUAUUAUGACACUGUGGCAAAUCUAAGCCCGGAACAAAUAGAAGCAUUUUAUAGUAUAAGAAACUUUGUUAAAGAUGAUUUAAAUCUUAUUGCUGGUCUUCGAAGAGUAUCUGCUCAUUAUAACUUGAGCCCAACUGAAACUAUUGAAAGAGUAAUAAAUAUGUGGCAACAAAUAAGUACAUCAAAUAUGCCUUGUGCGACAAAUGCUAUACUUAAAGAAGGAAAUUUGAUAUUGGGGACAGGUCCACCGAUUAAAAUUGCUAAUUUACCAAAAUUGUCACCGCCUUUGAUCCGGUUUUUGGGAGAACAUUUAAGUAGACUAGAUGUAGUAAGUAGUCGUCAAUGGUAUUCGUCGGUCGACACUCUUAUAAGUCUGCAAAGCAAAGGCAUGUUCAGUUGUGCUGUAACUAGACUUGUUACUAACAGUGGAUGUGCUGUCAUUGUCUUGAAUGGUCAACUUGAGAUCAGUAUAUAUAAACUUCAUGCUAUAUCUGAAAACAAUUGUAAAAAAUUGUUUGAAAUGAUAAGUAAGCUAUCCCCGAAAGAUACUAGUUCUAAACUAUCUCCAGAAUUGGUACAAUUAUGUGUAAGGGACCUCAGGUUACGUUUGGAAUGCCAUCGCCUUGAAAGUGUUCAACAAACUUUGAAAUAUGUUGGAAAUCACAAAUCACUACGGCAGCUGCUUCAAGCUGAUUUAAAAAGCUUCGAAAAAGACAGAUUGUACACAUUUGUGGGUGAAGUGGAUUUAUAUAAAGCAGAAAAUUAUUUGUCGGGGAUGAUGAAGUUUGCUGCAGAAAUGGGACCUCAGAAUGUUAAUGAGUUGGUGGCAUAUUGUGAAUUUGUCAUGACUUGUGUUGAAGAUGAAGCCAUAUCGUUAAAAUGCCGAAUAAAACGAAAGGAGGUGACUGUGCCUGCUAACACUAAACUAUCUCUUUGGACUAGACAACAAGCAGCUGCUAAAGUGUUCGAGGACAUCAAUGUACUGAAACAAAAGUUUGAGAAUAUAUCGAAUAUAGUCGAACGUAACGACAUGGUCGGUGCGGCGACCGUGGAGAGCUCGCUGACCGACGAGCAGCUAGUGGCGGCGGUGCAGCGCGCGCGCGUGCGCUUCGGCAGCAGGGCGUCGGCCGUGUACCACGUGCUCAAGCACCCCACAGCGCCGCUCGACGUGUUCGUGCAGCGCGCCAACGAGGCGCUGCGCGCGGCGCCGGCGGCUGGCGUGGCCGUGAGCGCGGCGCAGGCCGGCGACGUGCGCCUGCUCGACUUCCGCGCGCCGCGGGGCCGCUGCAUCGUGCUCGAGAGAGACGGCCGCGUCGUCCUGUGCACGUUCAUGCCUACUCAU